UGUUUACAUUUUUGAACUGCGCGAUUUAUAUUUUUACAAAGUUUUAUUAAAAAACAAGUACAAGACUUUACAAUGAAUGAAAAAUGUAUUUCUUCAUUACAUAUACAAAAAUUAGGGCACGAAAUUCAAGAAAUCCGCGAACGGGCCCUUCUGAACAUCGUCUCGAAACUGGAUCAUGGUUUCCAAUUCGACAACGAUCUAGCCAGAAGCAAAGAAAUUUUAACAAAGUUGUUUGACUGGUUUUUGUUUGAUCCAUGCACGAAACAAGAGCUUGUUUUUGCACUUAUCAAACGUAUUUUAAAGUCUGAGAGCGGCAAAACUCUACUGAACCACCACGGGACCCACAUUUUCAAAAAAGAUGUCAAACAAAUCCGUACUUAUGUUGAACCACGGUACUAUCCUCAUCUUGAUGAAAUUUUACAAAUAUUGGACGACAAUACCGUGGUUGUGCCACCGCUGGAGACUGACGUGCCGCUGAGUUACCGGACGGGACAGUCUGACUUUAGUGGAAGACCUGUAGGGACAACUGCGACCACGAUUGAGGGUUUUGUGCAACAAGACAGUUCAGUACAUCAACGAAACACACCGCAAAUUGUGUCAAGCGACAGGAGUCCUUUAAUUGACGCAAUUUGUCCUUUAAAGUGGCAGUCGUUAAUAGAAGCAGACCGUCACGUUCUGCAGUCAAUUGAAGACGCUUUAAAAAACCCACCACAACCGGCGUCCCUCCUUCAUUCGGCUGAAUUUUUCUCAAAUAUUUUGUUGCACGAUUUUCCAGCGGAAGUGUUUUUGCAACGACCCAACAUUGUUCUUAGUUUUCAUGAUUUAAUUAAUAGUUGUCCUUCAACCAGAGUUGUGAAUUCUGUUUUAAACUGUUUAAUUGAUUUAACUAAAGCGUUGCAAGUCAGAAUUAACUACUUCAAUGACCCUUGUCUAUACACCACAAAGGAAAAUGGUUAUUCCUACGCCAAUUCUAGAUCAAGCACCCCGGAUUCGUGUUCUCGAAAAACCGCCUCAGGCCAGUCAGACGACAUUUCUGGAAGAUACGAAAACGUAGACUACUUAAAAACACAACAACUAUCGUUCCCGCACUAUUGUUUUUCAACUUUUAAAUGUAUGUUUAAAUAUUUGUGUGUAAAACCGGAGAGUUUUAAGUCUAGUAGAAGAAAAAACAACCAGAAAGGGGUUAACCUAGCUUUAGCGAUAUUGGAUGAACUUUUAAAUCUUGUCACAAUUCUUUUCGGCCCUGGCGUCUGGAAUGAUCGAACUCCUUUGAUUCUAGAAAUCCGCAAACAAAUUAAUGACGUUUUAAUAAGUUAUGGCGCGACGUUGGAAUAUUUUAGAAUCGAGGCGACCAGUGAUGAUUCAGAUUUAAAUAUUCGCGCUAUUCAACUAUGUUUUUUACACAAUUGUGCCAAUUUUUUAUCAAGAAUGAUCCCGUUGUCACAAACCGGGCUUAUUUUACCCAGAAACCUAAAAAACGCACUUGCCAAUAGUCUAGUAGACGUGACUUUAUCCAAAUUGUAUCCAAAUUUGUACAACACUCUCUUGAAUUAUGUACAGAGUUUUAAAAUCGGUUUAGACAACGACUCGCUAGUUAAGUAUACCGAAACUAACCGAAUUUGUGACAGUAUGACCGCUGCCGUCCAUUUUAUGAAACACUCGAAAGCCCUAGAUGCCCAUGAAGGGAUUGAUUUGGCAAAAAAGGCCCUACCAAGUCUCGAGUUUCAUAAAAAUAUGGUUUUUGUAAAGCGAGUCGUUGAACUGUGUGCCACCAAACUUCCUCUAUAUCCGCACGAUGAAGAAUUGUUAGAAAAAUUUGAGUUUGUUAUUUUAAAAUUGUUGGGCCACAAUUUAGAACCAGUUAGAGAAGAAACGUAUAAAUUGUGCCAGAAACGAGUAAUUGCGGCAAUCGGGCCCAAAUUAAACACUUCCUGUGUGGGGGUUCCAGGUGCCCAAAUUUUAUUUCUAUGUCGGUGUAAGGUUCUGGUUGAAAUGGCCUGUCACGGAUUGACUAGUGGCAACCCCCAAAUAAGAAACCACUCAGAAGACAUUAUAAUUCACAUAAUUAAGUGCAAAAUACUCGUUUCUGAAGACAUAUGGAACACAAUUAUUGAAGCUUUGAUUGGAGCUUUACCCAUUUUGUUGUGUCAUGCUAACAAGAAGUCGUCUUUGGGGAGAAGUUUGUUGAAUAUGAUUGACCCCGACACGGCUGAGUCUUUAUAUUUACCUAAAACCGAAAUGAUUAAAGGUAACAUAAUUAUUCUUUUUGGGCCUGAGUCUUCUAUGAGAGAAGAAGCUUUUUCGCGCUUGUGUUGGCUUCUGGCCACUCAAACCGAUUCAAGAGAACUGCUUCCACGACUCAACAAUUUGUAUGAUAAAGCUCUACCCCACGUGUGUCAAAUUCAGCGUAUCAUAGACAUCAACAAAAUUCGAACAACGCAGCACUUUUAUCAGCCGAGUAGUUUGCAACAAGUUCUAGAGCUUUUGAAGUCCCCGAACGUGGAACCGGUGAUCCGCAGAUCCGCCCUAACUCAAACCAGCGUGAUGAUGGAAGACCCUUUGUUACACACCACCUUUUUGAUAAAUGGAGGUUUAGAAAUAGUUCUAGAAGUGAUGAGAGGCGCUCUUGUUGAAAAAAACUACAACGAUUAUCCCGAUUCGGUCAUUCCAGCGAUUAGUAUAUUGAAAAAUGUGUGUUUUUACCAAACUAGUGCAAGACAGAGUUUGUGUGAGGACGCCGACGUGUUCUACAACAUUUUAAGAAGUCUUUUUAUGUUUUUUACUGAAGAAAAAGUCAAACAGGACGCUGUUAUUUUGUUGUUUUUGUUGAUUUUUAACAAUGUUAUUAAAGGGACGCCUUCUAAAGCUACGUUUUCGGUACCCUAUUUGCUCAGUCAGAAGUUACAGGUGCCUUUUACGUGUGACACUCACUGGGAGAUUAGCCAGUAUUAUGAGGCUAGUCUUGUGGAUUUAAUUACGUCGGACCGAUGGUGUCUAAGUUCACUCCAAAUACAGUGGAAUUGUGAAAUGUUUGGGGGUUUAGAUGAACUACUACGGUGGACAAAAGUCACCUAUACUGAUAACAACAUAACCGACUUGUUAAAACUAAAAGACUACGAUUUAUCGCGUCUCAAAGCAUCAAGCACAGACUACUACAUCCAAAAACACUUAGUGGACAUCCAAAACGGAACAGUCCACGACUUCGUCAUCCACUCAAUUAACAAACUAACAACGUAUGUCCAAUUAUGUACAGCAGUACCCAAACGCGAUACCUUUUUUGAGCAUCCAUGGGAAGCCACUUUUUCCCGUUUUUUAAAAAUCCUUCCAUCCAGCGAGGAAGACGCCAAACUCUUAAGCAACGUUUUGAAGUUUCUAAAGUACUUAGCACCCUUCUAUAAGUCAUCAGAAGACUCUUUCUGGUUGCCACAAUUAUUAAAAAACCCCUCAAACUGUCUCCUCGACUUGAUAACUGUCGAACAGUCCACGAACGAAGAUUUUAAAACACUCAGUCAAGACUUGCUGACUCUCAUAACAUUAUGUUCCUCACAAGAGCAACAUUUUUUGGAUUAUUACAACCACACCAACCACCGAGUUUCAAAAAAUGACAUCGAAUCGUGGCGCAACGUCAUCGAAAUAAUCUCAAACAGUCUUAAAUUUAACGACAGCACUCAUUUUUACAACCUGUCCUAUUUGGACAAUUUGCUGACCUGUUUGGUUCACCUCACGGCCAGUUUGGGCUGGAGUGACACCAAACCGAGUUCGCCCCCUAAAAAAAUCCUCUUCGAGUUGGUCGAUUCGUUAUGCGAAUUAGUGGUGGUGUUUCAUUGUGGCAAAGGUCCGACUGCCACCGUUUCAGUGAUGGGUUUAAGCAUAACUCGGAAUGUUAUUUUAAUACUGAAUCACUUGAUAGCUGAAAUGCAGAGCUCGAAAAUGAAGAAUUGGGAACGAUGUUUUAUGGACGUGGAAGAACAGGAGUGGUUGAAGAGUUUUCUGGUGUUGUGGUCCAGCAGAGACGUUUUGUUACGUGCUGGAGCUCUACAGUUUUUUGCAGGGUUGUCGAGUUCUCCUAUGUUGGCAAUAAAUAUGGUUAAUGAGUUGAAAGAGGAGAAUCGAGGGGUGUGGCACUUAGCUUUGAGUUUACUGAUGGACAAUGAUGAAGCUAGUAUAGUUCGCGAGAAUUGUGCGUUUCUAUUGGCCAAUUUGUUAAGUCACACGGUUAGUCACACUGAUAGAACACUAGUGACGAGUCUAAUUCCAAAUACUAUGAGAAAGGGUAAAGAUGAAGUGGCCACAAUUUUCGAUCUUUUAGAUGAUUAUCUCUUUUUUAAAAACGUAGCGACUAUAUUAACCCGACUGUACACAACGAGUGUGAGCAACUUUGACACCAAAAGUGCUACAGAUUUAGUCGAAACUAACACUCAAUUCGAUUAUUCAUCUAGCAGUCGUACGACUGUGAUUUUUUCGCCUGUGACGCCAUCUUUCGUCAAGUCUCUCGCAACCUUACUUUUAAGCCUACUUAACUUAAGUGAAGACCGACUGAGUUACAAAUUAGUGGAUUUUGGUGUCGUUAAGUUGCUAUUUAAGUGUAUAUGCAACACCUUGAUUGCAAUAAACAACACGAAAAAGUUGUCUCUGUAUUGCGAAAUUUUGGAAAUGAAUGCCACCGUUUGCGCUCUGUUGAGUCAAGUGGCCAAUGCCAAUUUCACUUGUUUGGGGACUCUGUUGCACACGAAGGACUGUCUAACAGUUGUGGUGUCACUCUUAAACCCCAGUAGAUAUCAUACACAUCUUCCACAAUUGAUAUAUUUACGGAAUCGAGUGUGGAGCGAAAUUUUCAAACUUUUAUCAGCUCUGACAACUUUCGAAACUCAAACCGAGCUUUCAGACGAAGCUCUUCGUAUAUUAUCGCAAACAAUUGAAGAUUCGGGGCGAGAAGCCUUCAUUGAAACGGUCUGCGAAGCAACGAAAAGUCUAGCUUUUAAUGAUCUACAAAAUUCCGCUUUGUUAUCUCUUACGUCUCUUUUGAGCGUCGAAUCUCAACAAAUUUUCAAAAAACCACCCUCAACUCGUGACUCCUCGAUGCAAAACCUGCUCGACACAGUUCGCACUGUGUCGACGACGCCCGAGACCGACCGAAGCGACGAUUCGGUGAUCAUCGUCACCGAAACCGUAGCCGGAGCGGAACUCUGCAAGAUCCUUCUAAAUUUAUACGACUUAUGCAACUUAAAAGUAUCCAAAGAUUUGCUUCGCAAAAAGUCGAUGAUUACGUCAUCACUCACGUCGAUACUGUGCGUAUCGCACGAGGCCAAAAAAUACGCUUUGAAAGCAGGUUUACCGACCGCCACUAUUAAACAAAUGAAGGAGUUUUACGUAAAGUUGAGUCUAGAGUCGGUGGAUUGCUUGAGGAGAGUCUUGGAGAAGAAAAGGGUUUGUCCGGUGCUCAAAGAGCUGAACGAACUAGUCGGAUUGGUCACCAAUUUUAUGGUGGGGGAUGGAGCAGUGAAGAACAAAUUCGCGGAGUUGGGUUUGAGCGACUUCGUCCACAAAUUGUGGGUUUGGUUUGCUUUGCAAAACUCUCAUUUGGUGGAUGUGUUGAGGAUGUUGUGUACUUUUACCACGGACUGUGCGAUAGCGUGUCAGUCGCUGCCGCUGACGAGUUCGGUGGCGGGAAGCGGACCCAGGAAAAUUCCUAGUAAAAUUUCGCUUUUAAAUGUUGUUAUUGGUUUGGUGGAGAAAGAAAUGGACCAAGUGAGUAAAACUCACAAUUUGGGGGUGUUGAAGCUGUGUUUCGGGAUUUUGACGAAUUGCUGCUCAGUGUUGGAGUGCCGCAUAAUAAUCUCUAAAAGUACUUUAUUGACCAGUGUCUCGCGUUUGCACCCUGCCAUUACUAAAAAACAAAAACCGUGGGAUUUGGUAGAAUUGCUGUGGUUGGAGUUUCUGCAGACGUUUACGUUAUAUCCUGAAGGGCAGUCGAGUGUGGCCAAAAUUAAUGACGUUUUUGAUUUGCUAUUGGCGCUAACUUCAGCUUCCAAGGUGACUAAUAGGAGUCAGGCUUUAACGGUGCUGCGAAAUGUAGCGUUCUAUCAACCGAACCGAACGCGAUUAUUAACUUCAGAUGAUUUUUUAAAUUUGCUCAAAAAUAAACUGGAAUAUGGAAACAAGGAAGAAAAGUCGAUGGUCGUUCUAAUAAUGUGGUCUCUAGCAGCCAACAACCAAAAAGCCAAGAUUGUUUUCAAAGCCGCUAAACUCGACGCCCAAUUGCACCAGGUUUUGAAACACUAUCAGUUAUCAUCAGAAAUGAUACCCGGCGACGAUAUCGACACUAUUAAAUACGUUUUGAAUGUGAUAAGGGACGGCGAAAGGGAUUCAUGAUAUUUAGGAAUUUAUAUUGUUAUUUAUUAAGUAAUUUAUAAGAUACGAGAUUAAGUACAAUUAAAUUUUUUAUAUUUUUA